AGUCCGCAGUUUAAAAAGACCGGGCGCUGCUCUCCUCACACAGACGCGUUUAUUCCGGCAUCCUGCGCAGAGGAGAACUUUACCUCAAGACUCUUAACACAAACUCUCCGUUUGAACAGAAAAAAGAGACAUUUUCACUGAACUCCGUCAACUUUUGACAGAACUCAAAACAAAACCUGGCGUUUUGGAUAAACACGCAGGACCAUUGAGUUUUCAGCUUUAAAACUACCCUCGCCAAAUGGAGCCAACGCAGGAAUACCCCGACACUUACGAUUACUAUGAAGAUAACGAGACCGCAUGCGACUUCUCGGAGUGGGAGCCGUCUUAUUCUCUCAUCCCCGUGCUGUACAUGCUCAUUUUCAUCCUCGGUCUUUCCGGUAACGGUGUGGUUAUCUUCACUGUCUGCCGCGCAAAAUCCAAACGGCGCGCGGCGGACGUUUACAUCGGUAACCUGGCGCUCGCGGACCUGACGUUCGUCAUCACUCUGCCGCUGUGGGCGGUGUACACCGCGCUGGGCUACCACUGGCCGUUCGGCGUGGCUCUCUGCAAGAUCAGCAGUUACGUCGUGCUUGUCAACAUGUAUGCCAGCGUCUUCUGUCUUACUUGCCUGAGUUUUGACCGCUACCUCGCCAUCGUCCACUCCCUGUCCAGCGGCCGGCUCCGAUCCCGCGGCACCAUGCUGGCAUCGCUGGGCGCCAUUUGGUUCCUGUCGUGUCUCCUGGCUGUGCCCACCCUCCUGUUCCGCACCACGGUGGACGACGCUGGGAACAACCGGACCACCUGUGCGAUGGACUUCAGCCUGGUCACUAUGAAUCAACAACACGAAUAUCUGUGGAUCGCAGGGCUGAGCCUGUCAUCCUCCGCGUUGGGUUUUCUUUUACCGUUCUUGGCUAUGACCGUCUGUUACUGUUUCAUCGGCUGCACGGUCACCCGGCAUUUCAGCCACCUGAGAAAGGAAGACCAGAAGAAGCGGCGUCUCCUCAAGAUCAUCACUACGCUGGUGGUGGUCUUUGCUUUCUGCUGGACCCCUUUCCACGUUCUAAAGAGCAUGGACGCCCUUUCCUACCUGGACUUGGCACCGACAUCGUGCGGCUUUCUUCACUUUUUGCUUUUGGCCCACCCAUACGCCACUUGCCUGGCGUACGUGAACAGCUGCCUCAACCCGUUCCUGUAUGCGUUUUUUGACCUGCGGUUCCGCUCGCAGUGCCUGUGCCUGCUGAACCUGAAGAAGGCCAUGCAUGGUCACAUGAGCUCCAUGUCUUCCACUCUCAGCGCUCAGACUCAGAAGUCUGAGGUGCAGUCACUGGCCACCAAAGUGUGAGAGGGCGAUUGAGAAAAGCUAGAAAGCAGGGCUUGGUUGAAGGGGGUAGAAGUGUACCGACGGCUGGUCCGUUUUGACUGGUGUGACCCCCCUCUCAGUAAAGGACAUUUUGACCUGAGUUUUGAGGAGAAAAAUGUUGGUCACAAACUAAUGAAACGAACUGAUGGACUUGUGAGAACAUAUUGUUCUGUGCAUGUAAAUAACACUCAUAGUUUUGUGUAUUCUACUGUAUUCAUGGAUGAGUUGCUGAUGAGAAUGCUGGAUAAUGUGCCUAUGUGUGUGUUUAUGUUCACCGUCACGCUCCUCCACGCUUAGACACGCUCAAAAACAUGCACGCACGCACAGAACCAAGCAAACAAGGAGGUGAAUUCUUACUAGAAUUUAACUUUCGAGCUUUGAGCCACAAUGAUGCUGCACUGAGGAUGGACUCGCACGUGCUGCUGCCAGAGCAUGCGAUUGUGUUGAAGCCAAUAUACACUGGUGUAAAGAUGCAAAUUGUACAGUAUUUUCAUACUAUUUUUCUGCUCGUCUGGAAUGUGUUCUGUAUCUGUAGCACUUGUUAAAAGAAGAUAAAAUUAUAAUUUUUGUUAUCAAAAUGUGCGUGAAUGUGUGUGUUAUUUGGUGAAUGAUUCAAACUGUUUAUGUGUUUUUACCAGCGCAAAGGUGAUGCUGCUUGAUGAGAUAGUUAGAAGCACAGACAGGAGUUGGGGGGGGUGGGGGAUGAGCAGACAGACAGAUGGCUCCUGACAAAUGUCUCUAAGAAAAAAGGAAGAGAAGUGGAGACAGGGAAUGCGUGGGGGGAGGGCAAAUAAAUAUAUACAUGAAAUGACAUGUUAUAUUU